CCGGUGCCGGUGCGGCGGCUGGCGCCGGCCGCGGGCCGCGUCUACGGGCGGCGCUGGCUGGUGCUGCUGCUCUUCUCGGUGCUGGGCUUCGCGCAGGGCCUCGUGUGGAACAGCUGGGGGCCCAUCCAGAACUCGGCCCGCCUGGCCUUCGGCUUCAGCAGCUGGGACAUCGCCCUGCUCGUCUUCUGGGGGCCCAUCGGCUUCGCGCCCUGCUUCUUCUUCAUGUGGCUCAUGGACAAGAAGGGUCUGAGAGUAACGGUGUUGUUAACAUCAUCCCUGAUGGUAUUAGGAGCUGGCCUAAGAUGUGUUCCCGUUUCAGACCUGGAAAUAAGGAAGAAACUGAUUCACGGAGGACAACUGUUAAACGGGCUGGCAGGGCCGACGGUGAUGAACGCGGCGCCGUUCCUCUCCACAACGUGGUUUUCUCCAGAUGAACGUGCCACGGCCACAGCCAUCGCGUCCCUGCUCAGUUACCUGGGUGCUGCCGGCGCCUUCUUGGUGGGACCUCUCGUUGUUCCUUCUCCCAACGGAUCAUCGCAUCAGCUCGGGUCAGGAAGCAACACGGAGCACAUCAAGGACCGCAUUGAGGCUGUACUGUAUGCAGAAUUUGGAAUGGUUUCCUUGAUAUUUUCCGCAGCGUUGGCCUACUUCCCCUCACGCCCUCCGUUCCCUCCCAGCGUGGCUGCAGCUAGUCAACGGCUUAGCUACAGGAGGAGUUUUUGUAGGCUCUUAAGCAAUUUCCGAUUCUUGAUGAUUGCCCUAGCCUAUGCUAUACCAUUGGGUGUUUUCUCUGGCUGGUCUGGUGUUCUGGAUUUGAUAUUAACACCAGUUCAUGUAAGCCAAGUAGAUGCAGGCUGGAUUGGAUUUUGGUCCAUAGUUGGAGGUUGUGUUGUUGGCAUAGCAAUGGCAAGAUUUGCAGAUUUUAUCAGGGGCAUGCUGAAAUUUAUAUUGCUGCUGCUUUUAUCUGGAGCAACAUUAGCAUCAACCUGGUUCACUCUCACCUGUCUAAACAGUGUCACUCAUCUGCCUCUAACCACAGCUACGCUCUACACAUCCUGUAUUUUGCUGGGUAUCUUCCUGAACAGCAGCGUACCGAUAUUCUUUGAGCUCUUUGUGGAAACGGUCUACCCUGUUCCAGAAGGAAUUACCUGCGGAGUYGUUACCUUUUUGAGUAACGUGUUUAUGGGAGUGCUUUUGUUUUUCCUCACGUUUUACCAUACAGAAUUGUCCUGGUUCAACUGGUGCCUGCCAGGGUCGUGUCUGCUCAGCCUGCUCCUCAUCCUGUGCUUCAGGGAAUCCUACGACAGACUCUAUCUCGACGUGGUCGUCUCCGUUUGAUAACACAGCGCGGGAAAGGUUUGGAAGAGACCAGAAGCCAGUUCUGUGCUCUGCACCUCUGCCUGGAUUUGCAYAGCCAGGAAGAAGAAGACAACAAGAAAUGGCAAGCCUUGAAAGUGGUUUGAAAGAGCAAAAAUGAAUGACAGGUGGUUUCUUACGUUCCGGACCGCCUUGACUUGCAUUCGUUAUAAGAUAAAUGUGGAACCGGAGUGGCGGUGAAGCUGCCUGAAGUGCACAAGUAGAAUAGAGCUGAUGUGCAGGUUCUAGGGUCAGAACCUGGGUUCUUUAUUUAAAAGGCUGUUCAUGUAGCAGUGAAACGUACAGUUCUGUGGGUGUGCGUGUGUGUGUGUGUGUGCCAGCUCGAGGUUGCAUAGGUGUCUGUACACACCAGGUACCAGUGACCUUUGAGUCUUCUAUCAGAAUAGGAAUAGGGAAUAAUCUUCACAAAAGGAAAACUUUUUUUUAUAAAAAUCUGUGUUUUAAAAUACUUGUCAUUUAUAUGUCAAAUAUCCAUAUAAAUAAUGAAGCUAAAAUAAUUUGGUGCUUGUACACUACAUUUACAUCCUAAUAAAGUUAUUUCUGAUAUAAGACGCUGGUACCAGGGUUUUUAGCCAUAGUAGGUGUCCCAAGCAAUCGUGGCAGUGUUGCUGUAGGUGUUUAGCUGUCCCCCUGGAGCUCGUGUGUUCUGAGUGACAGCGAUAGCUGCCACCAAACCUGACCUGCACAGGUAGGCAGCAGCCUCUGAAACACCAGCGGGUCCGGUGUGUCCGCAGCAGAGCACCUGCGCUGUCCCAGAUGUUCAUUACAGAGUCACUGUUGGUGAAUGUUGCUGUGGGAAAGGCCACCACUGUGYUACCCUUUGGUCCCCUGUCUCCAGAACUACCUUCCUUACCCUGAAGACCUGUUCGUGCCGCUCAGCAAGGGUGGUGUGGACGUUUGUCCUGCUGCUUCUCUUCUGAUACUCUAAGGUCUGCAUAUUUUUUAGCAUUAGUUUACAGCUGAGGGUGCCUAAACAAUAUAGUUUGUUAAUCUAAGUCUUUAAAAAAUAUUUUUUGAAUUUUUUUCUAGUUAAUGAGGCGCCCUGAUGGCGGAGUGACAAUGGGAAAUGACUUGAGUUUUGGCAUAACUUGGGAAAUAUAAUGCCACUUCUUUUUAUCAGCACUAAUUUGUGGUUUUUCUGGCCCUUACUUGAAGAUAAAU